UGUUUACAUAUUUUCUAGCACAGACGAUCCUGAUAAGACUUGUUUCAUCAUCCGUAUAUCAGAGAAAUUGAAUAGACUUUAUUCUAAGUUCCUUACUUUUGAAAAUGAUGAAGAACUGAAGAAUAGUAUAAAGGAGAAAAAAGAAUUUUUAGUAGUGAUUGAGCUGAUGAAUGGGGAGUCUCGUAAAGAAAUAUUUAGCUCAGAAAAUAUAACUAUGAAUAAAUUACAAGGCGUAAAAUUAGAAAUGUCUAAAAGUAAAUUACUAUUCUGUGUAGAUGAAAGAUGCGGAAAAAUUCAAUUAAAAGAAAAUACUCCUGUUGCAAUUUUAUUCGAAACAUCAACAAAAUAUAAACGUAAAACGUUUUCAUUGGAGUUGAGUAGCCCUUCAGCUGUUUCGACAGAAUUCAGUUUUCUUGCACAUGAGUUCCCCUAUAGUGCAAAUAGUGAAAUGAUUCAACGUAUCUGUCUCGAGUCUUGACAACUUGAAAGUGAUCUAUUAAAACAACGCAGAUUAUAUAGGAUAUAUAUUACAAGUUGUAGUUACAAAAAC